AUGAUGUCCACGGCAGCUUCAUCCAGAGCCUUCAAUGGUGCGUUGGAGCUCACGCCGCGUCAUGACCAGCCGCUGCUCCUGCCAGGCUCGGCCGCUCUGGAUGCCAUGGCGACGCCUUGCGCUGUGUCUGUUCGCGUAGUGGCGGCUGUGGACCUGCAGCCGAUGCAAAAGGCGGUCUCGAGCAAUCCCAUGGUCGAGGUCGCACUCGUGCUCGACGACGGGUCGAGCCAGUUCCAGUGCAGCAGCAGGUGGGAGGAGGGUCACGACGACCUGAAAGCUCUGCCGCCGAGCUUGACGAGCUCACGAGGUCAUUGGAGCGACCGAGGCGACAGAAGGCAGUCGUACCGACUGGGCACGAAUGUGUUCAAGUCUAAAGUUGUCAAGAGCUCGCUGAAUCCGAUCUGGAAUUUGGACGUGGAUUUCGGAGACGUCGACGCCGAUAGCGUCGCGGGUGUCUUGUUCACUGUGCGACACGUCGAGAGGUUUGGGCUCGUGAAGAGAGAUGUUGGACAGAUGCUGCUAUCGCUGAGCGAUCUUGUGGAGCUCAAGUUGCAACCGCCGCAUCAACAGACGUUUGGCUUGCAGCCGACGGACGAGAUGGUGCGACGAGAGAAGUGGGAAGGAAGCUUGAGGAACCGCAAAUGUGGAAAGAUUACAGUCCGCUUUAACGGCUACGGCGUGCCGUCCAGCUACGCGUUCAAGACAGACGGGCGUCCUUCGAAUAUGGUGAAUACAGUCGUGACCCAUGAAGACGAGUUUGGAAGUAACGCCACGUCUUUUUCGGUGCACGACGUCCGGACUGAAGUGCGCAAUUUGCAACGAUUUCAUCAGACGAAGCCUCAAGUAGGCGAGACCUGGUUUGUCGUGAGCGCAGCCUGGAUUCGCGCCUGGCUACUUUUUGUGUCGAAGUACAAGGGUGAAGAGGCUUACAAUCCUGGUAAUGUCGACAACAUGCCGCUUAUUUCAGACGAUUUGACAAACGGCACGUUUCAGAUCAAGACCGGUCUGGUCAUCAAGAAGGACUUUCGUGUGAUCAACAAAGAGAGCUGGGACUACUAUCAAAAGGUCUACGGUGGGGGGCCGGCCAUUGAAGUGCGAAUCCCUGCGGACUGCUCCAAGCCUGCACAGUGGCUGGAACAUUUCCAGCUGGACGAAGCUGGUCGCGUCAAUUCGAAUUACGUUGAUACGCUUUGA